CCACAUCAACCCUCAACGCCGUGCCCAGCAUGCCGUCCUGCCUGUCUGCUCUUGCCUCCUCGCUGCGCCGGAGCUCGCACACCGCGCCGUCGGCCAGCCAGCCGCGCACGCAGCCCAUUCCGCAGCGUGAUGAGAAGGCGGCCCUCUCCAGCGCCUGCCAUCAGAUGACGGCGCCGCACGCCGCGUGCUGCGACUUCUCGCCGCUGCCCGCCUACGCGCCGCCGACGGAGCCGACGCCGCUCGAGGGCGAGAUGGCCGUCGUGGCGCGCGAGCUGGAGAAGAACAUCGCCGGCAUGGACGCCGAGCUGCGCGACCUCAGCGUCAAGGUGUGGGACCUGCACGAGCUCGGAUGGGAGGAGUUCAAGACGCACGAUCUGUUCGUCAAGUACCUCUCGGGCAAGAAGGGCUGGAAGGUCACGCCGCACGCGCAUGGCCUCGAGACAGCCUUCAGGGCCGAGUUCGUGCACGCGCCGGCCAGCGUGCGCAAGAGCGACAUCCCCUGCGUCGGCUUCUGCAGCGAGCUCGAUGCUCUGCCGGGCAUCGGCCACGCCUGUGGCCACAACUUGAUUGCUAUCGCCGGCGUGGCUGCGGCUCUGUCGCUGGCUGAGCUUCUUGUCGCACGCAACAAGCCCGGCAAAGUCGUCCUGCUCGGCACGCCGUCCGAGGAGAAGGACGGCGGCAAGAUCAACAUGCUCGAGGCCGGUGCCUUCGAGGGCAUGGACGCAUCUCUCAUGGUCCAUCCGACUCCGACAAACACCAUUGGCUCGUUCCUCGCCGUCGUGCCCGUCGAGGUGAAGUACGAGGGCAAGACUGCGCACUCUGGCAUCGCGCCGUGGGAGGGCAUCAAUGCGCUGGACGCAGCUGUGCUCGCCUACAACAACAUCAGCGCCCUGCGCCAGCAGAUCAAGCCGAACUGCCGCGUGCACGGCAUCCUCUCGGGCGGCGACCAGUGGGCACCGAACAUCGUGCCCUCGCACGCUGCGCUGCUCUACAACGUCCGCGCCCCUUCGGUCGCCGAGCUCGAGACGCUGCAGGCGCGCGUGGAGAAGUGCUUCCGCGCCGCAGCGCUUGCGACAGGCUGUGAGGUGAGCGUCAAGUGGGGCGCCACGUAUUACGACACGCGUAACUCGGCGCCGCUCUCGCGGGCCUACCGCGGCAUCGUCAAGGGCAUGUAUGGCAUUGACGUUGAUGAGAACCCCGUGUCGGGCUCAACCGACAUGGGCAACGUCACGUACGCCAUGCCCGCCAUCCACCCGUGCUACGCCAUCAAGCUGGCCAAUCCAACAGGCGACGCGAACCACACCGUCGGCUUCGCUGCUGCGGCGAAGACGCCCGAGGCACACGAGCGCACCAAGGAGGCGGCCACAGGCAUUGCCACUGCUGCGGCACGCGUGCUGCUCGACGAGGCCUUCCGGCGCGAGGUGCACGAGGAGUUUGACGAGUGGAAGAAGGGACAGAAGGCGCUCUGAUCGGAGUCGCCUGCAAUAAGAAUGCAAGCCUUCACCG